GUUGAUUUGGAUAAUUUGGAUGAAAUACUGAUGCAAGUCGAGUUAGAAACAAAAAGGACUACAAACGAUGGCAAAUCUAAAAAAACAAAUAAAAGUAGUGCUCAUGGCAAAAAUGCAAGUCUAGAUGAGCCAAAAAAGUUUUUAAUGCAACAAUCAGAAGAUGAAAUGCGUUCUUUCAUUCCGAUCAAUGAACAAUUUCCUGAUGGUAAUUAUCCUUUUGGUGAGAUUUGUGAAUAUCAGUCAAAAAAUGAUGAUCGCACGGCUAUGAAUAGGAUGACAAAUGAAGAAAAGAAAGCGCUUGAUUCAACAUAUGAAGAAAUUUAUAAGGAUUUUCGGCAAGCGGCAGAGGCUCAUCGGCAGACGCGAAAAUAUGUCAAAUCAUGGCUGAAACCUGGUUUGAAAAUGAUAGAAAUUUGUGAACGUCUCGAGGCGUGUUCAAGAAGAAUGAUUAAUGAAAAUGAGCUAAAAGCAGGACUUGCUUUUCCUACUGGUUGUUCACUUAACAACUGCGCAGCACAUUAUACACCGAAUGCAGGAGAUCCAACUGUCCUUCAGUAUGGCGAUGUCUGUAAGAUUGAUUUCGGUCUUCAUGUUAAUGGUCGAAUUAUUGAUUGCGCCUUUACCGUUCAUUUUGAUCCAAAAUUUGAUCCUCUUGUAAAUGCGGUCAAAGAAGCUACAAAUGCUGGUAUUAAAGAAGCAGGAAUAGAUGUUCGACUCUGCGAUAUUGGUGAUGUCAUUGAAGAAGUUAUGAGUAGUCAUGAGGUUGAACUUGAUGGAAAAACAUAUGUGGUUAAGCCAAUACGAAAUCUUAAUGGGCAUUCUAUCGCUCAAUAUCGUAUUCAUGCUGGAAAAACUGUACCUAUAGUUAAGGGUGGUGAGCAGAUCAAAAUGGAAGAAAAUGAAUUUUAUGCCAUUGAAACCUUUGGAAGUACGGGUAAAGGAUUUGUACAUGAUGAUAUGGAAUGUAGUCAUUAUAUGAAAGAUUUUGAUCUUCAUACAGACCAUAUUUCUCUUAGAAGUUAUGAAAAAUUUAUAAUGCGUCUACUCAUCUGUCUGGAUAUUUCUAUGACUAAUCUCCUCAGUGUUAUCAAUAAAAACUUCGGAACUCUGGCAUUUUAUCUAUGUGACAAAGGAAUUGUUCAACCUUAUCCACCUUUAUGCGAUGUUAAAGGAUGCUAUACUGCCCAGUGGGAACAUACUCUUCUUCUUCGACCAACUUGUAAAGAAGUCGUCAGUCGCGGAGAUGAUUUUUAA